AUGAUAGUCUUGAGGAGCAACAACAAAACAAAACAAAAACAAAAAAAAAUCCAAACCAUAUUUCACUUCGAUUUAUUAUCUGUUGAUGAUUUCUCUGUAGGUGUAAAAUGCGGAGGAAUCCUCGCUCCUUCCUCCAGCGGAAACAUCUCCAGCCCUAAUUUCCCAGGUCUUUACCCGUACAACGUCGAUUGUUCCUGGCUGAUCGUGGUGCCCGAGGGUUCGUCCGUGCUGCUGACGUUCCAGCACUUUGAGCUGGAGUACCACGCCGACUGCGCCUACGACUACGUCAAAAUCUACAACGGCGUCUCGGCGGACGAGGGCAACCUUCUGGGGAAGUUCUGCGGAGACGCCUCGCCUCCUCAGUUCAGCUCCUCCUGGAACAUCAUGUCCAUCAUCUUCCACUCCGACCGCCACGUGGCGUACACGGGCUUCCUGGUGGGAUACAGGAAAGAUACGUGUGGCGGCGUGUUGACGGGACUCUCGGGUGUAAUCUCCAGCCCGGGGUACCCGCUCGACUACAGUAAUAACGCAGAGUGCUCGUGGACGAUCCACGUGUCCAACCGCAGCGUCGUCACUCUGGUCUUCCUCGACUUCCAGCUGGAGAAUAACGAAGGCUGUAACUUUGACUACGUCACACUGUUCGACGGCCCGACGGUCCGACACCCUCACCUCGGGAAUUACUGCGGAAACAAACGACCGCCCAACACCGUCUCCACGUCCAAUCAGCUUCUGAUCGUGUUUAAGUCAGACUUUAAUAUUGGAGGAAGAGGAUUUAAGGCUCAUUAUUACUCGGGCGAGUGCCAGCAGGUGCUGAAAGCCAUCAGCGGGAACUUCACCAGCCCCAGUUACCCCAACAUCUACCCCAACGACAUGAACUGCCACUGGAGCGUGGCUCUGCCCCCGGGCUACAGGAUCAAACUGUUCUUCCCGGUCAUGGAGCUGGAGGAUCAGAACAGUCUGACCGACUCCUGCGAUUUCGACUCCGUAGCGGUGUACGACGGUGACAGUGAGACGGACGCCUUGCUGGGACGCUGGUGUGGGGCUGAACGGCCUCCGCCCCUGACGUCGAGGGCGAACAAACUUCUGGUGGUCCUCGGAACGGACCGGAACGUCGCGUUCAGGGGUUUCUCUGCUUCCUAUAUGGGAGUGGUGCCAGUGAACGUGAGCUGCACCAGAACCGAGUUUCAGAUCCAGAUCUCCCAGCAGGCCUUGCCCCAGCUGGACCGCGAGAGCGUGUAUCUCGGAAACCCGUCCUGUUCGGCGCAGAUGACGGCGACGAGCUACAAGAUUCUGGCUCGCUUCGUCAGCUGUGGAACUGCUGGACAGAAGCGCCGCAACGUCACCAUGCUGGUGAACACGCUCUACAUCGACUUCUCGGACGGAAAACAGCAGAGCGUUCAGGAGUACGAGGUGCAGUGUGACGCGCAGAGGAAGGUGGCGUCGGUCAGCAUCAUCUCGGCGGAGGAUCGGAUCCGGAUGAACGAACUCGCCCGGCUCGCCGAGGAGUCCAAGAGCCUGGAGAGCGCCCACAGAGCCGAGCCCGAAGCUCACGAGACCAGCGACAUCGUCUUCAUCAGCGUCUGCGUGCUGGCCGUCAUCCUCAUGCUCAUCGCCAUCGUGUGGCUCGUGCUCCUCUAGAGACUCGUCCAGAUGUUUAUAGACGGCAGACGUUUUCUGCUUGGAGUUUUGUCAAUCUGACACGCCGUGAAAACGGACUACAAACCACAGCACUGUUCAGAUGGGUCAGAAGGUGUCGAUUCAUUUUCCAUAACAGCAGCUCUUUAUAUUAACGCGCUCGUUCCGAUACGUCACCGUUUCUACAGCAACAGCUCAUCCGCGGAGACGCGGACGGCGGACGCUCCGCAUACACGGAUCGUAAAACGCGUGAUCGUCGAUGCGGUGUAGUUUUCCGGAAGGAGAUGUCUGUUUAACACGGUUUACGGAAGGAGUCUCCAG